AGAAACCACUACUUUAAAAAACAAGGUGACCUGUAAGGGAGAUUAGAAUGGAGAAAAGUGUGAAGGAGCAAAUUCGUGAAAUGGAGAGGACAAUUGAAAUGGUGAGGGGGAGAUUGGAAAUGGACAGAAGGAGAACUUGGAGGAUCCAGCAGAAGAGACCAGAAUCUCCUGAACCUGAACCUGAUCCUGAACACAGCUAUGUGUCCAUCAAGAGAGACUUGUCUAAGGGUUUACCAGUGGCCUUCAAAGAUGGACGUCACUCUGUUGAUCAAAGAGUGGAACAGGAGAGCUCAGAAGUUCCCAGUGAUCAGUCUUCCCAGCAGCAUCAAACACACCUGGACUCCAUAUGUAUGAAGAUGGAGACGCCUCAAGAAGUCAUUUUGGGAAUUUUAGAAGAUUUGGGAACCGACGACUUUGAAAAAUUUAAGUGGUUCCUGCAGCAGAAAGGGACCUUAAAAAACUUCCCAGCAAUCCGAAAGAGUAAACUGGAGGAUGUAAACAGGGUGAACACAGUGGAUACAAUGUUCCAGACCUACAGUAUAAACACUAUUAAUGUGACCAGAAUAGUUUUAGUGAAGAUCAAUCAAAAUGAUCUAGUGGAGAAUUUAUCAAACCUCAUUUAUGAACCUGCAGAGAUUCUUGCUGCGUGCCAGCAAAACGUCAAAUCCAAAUUACGUAAGAUGUUCCAGCGUGUGUCUGAGGGGAUUCAUAAAGAAGGAAACAAAACUCCUCUGAAUCAGAUGUUCGCAGAGAUCUACAUCACAAAGGGAGGGACUGCAGAGGUCAAUGUUGAACAUGAGGUCAGACAGAUUGAAAAAGCCUCCAGGAAACGAGAUAGACCAGAAACAACAAUCAGACGAGAAGACAUCUUUAGAGCCUUAUCUGGAAGAGAAGAACCAAUCAGAAAAUUGAUAACUAAGGGAGUGGCUGGCAUCGGGAAAACAGUCUUAACACAGAAGUUCACUCUGGACUGGGCUGAAGACAAAGCCAACCAGGACAUCCAGUUCAUAUUUCCAUUCACCUUCAGAGAGCUGAAUAUGCUGAAAGAGGAAGAGUACAGCUUGGUGGAACUUGUUCAUUUGUUCUUUAGUGAAACCAAAGAAGCAGGAAUCUGCAGAUUUGAAGAGUUCCCGGUUGUGUUGAUCUUUGACGGUCUGGAUGAGUGUCGACUUCCUCUGGACUUCCUCAACACUAAAAUCCUGACUGAUGUUACAAAGUCCACCUCAGUGGGUGUACUGCUGACAAACCUCAUCAGGGGGAAUCUGCUUCCCUCUGCUCACAUCUGGAUAACCACACGACCUGCAGCAGCCAAUCAGAUCCCCCCUGAGUGUGUUGACAUGGUGACAGAGGUCAGAGGGUUCACUGACCCUCAGAAGGAGGAGUACUUGAAGAAGAGAUUCAGAGAUGAGGAGCAGGCCAACAGAAUCAUCUCCCACAUCAAGACAUCACGAAGCCUCCACAACAUGUGUCACAUCCCAGUCUUCUGCUGGAUCACUGCUACAGUUCUGGAGGACAUGUUGAAGACCGGAGAGGAAGGAGAGCUGCCUGGGACCCUUACUGAGAUGUACAUCCACUUUGUGGUGGUUCAGUUUAAAGUGAAGAACAUUAAGUAUGAUGGAGGAGCUGAGACGGAUUCACCCUGGAGUCCAGAGAGCAGGAAGAUGAUGGAGUCUUUGGGAAAACUGGCUUUCGAGCAGCUGCAGAAAGGCAACCUGAUAUUCUAUGAAUCAGACCUGACAGAGUGUGGCAUCGAUAUCACAGCAGCCUCAGUGUACUCAGGAGUGUUCAUGCAGAUCUUUAAAAAGGAGAGAGGACUGUACCAGAACCAGGUGUUCUACUUCGUCCAUCUGAGCGUUCAGGAGUUUCUGGCUGCUCUUCAUGUCCAUCUGACAUUCAUCAACUCUGGAGUCAACCUGCUGUCAGGAAAAGAAACCUCAUCAUGGUUGCCUAAAGUCUUCAGAGAAAAUGUAAAACCUUUCCACCAGAGAAAACAAACGACACAAUUGUACCAGAGUGCUGUGGACGAGGCCUUACAGAGUCCAAAUGGACACCUGGACUUGUUUCUCCGCUUCCUCCUGGGUCUUUCACUGGUGACCAAUCAGAAUCUCCUACAAGGCCUGAUGACACAGACAGGAUGUAGCUCACAGACCAAUCAGGAAACAAUCCAUUACAUCAAGAAGAAGAUCAGUAAGAAUCUGUCUGCAGAGAGAAGCAUCAAUCUGUUCCACUGUCUGAAUGAAUUGAAUGAUCGUUCUCUAGUGAAGGAGAUCCAACAGGCCCUGAGUUCAGGAAGUCUCUCCACAGAUAAACUGUCUCCUGCUCAGUGGUCAGCUCUGGUCUUCAUCUUACUGUCAUCAGAAGAAGAUCUGGACGUGUUUGACCUGAAGAAAUACUCUGGUUCAGAGAAGGCUCUUAUGAGGCUGCUGCCAGUGGUCAAAUCCUCCAAGAAAGCUCUACUGAGUGGCUGUAAUCUGUCAGGGAGAAGCUGUGAAGCUCUGUCCUCAGUUCUCAGCUCCCCGUCCUCUAGUCUGAGAGAGCUGGACCUGAGUAACAACAACCUGCAGGAUUCAGGAGUGAAGCUGAUAUCUGUUGGACUGAAGAGUCCACACUGCAUACUGGAGACUCUCAGUCUGUCGGGCUGUCUGAUCUCAGAGAAAGGCUGUUCUUCUCUUGUCUCAGCUCUGAGUUCCAACCCUUCCCAUCUGAGAGAGCUGGACCUGAGCUACAAUCAUCCAGGAGACUCAGGAGUAAAGCUACUGUCAGCAGGACUGAAGGAUCCUAUCUGGAGACUGGACACUCUCAGUUUAGAUAUAGGUCUAAAAUUUCCCACAUCAGCAGGAUCCAGCCCGUAUUCCUGUGAACUCACACUGGACACAAACACAGUGAACAGAAACCUCAAACUGUCUGACAAUAACAGGAAGGUGACAUGUGUGGAGGAGGAUCAGUCAUAUCCUGAUCAUCCAGAGAGGUUUCACUGCUAUCAGCUGCUGUGUAGAGAUGGUCUGACUGGUCGCUGUUACUGGGAGGUUGAGAGGAGAGGAUGGGUUGUUAUAUCAGUGAGUUACAAAGAACUCAGCAGGAGAGGAUACAGUGACUGUUGGUUUGGAUAUAAUGAUCAGUCCUGGAGUCUGACCUGCUAUGAUAAUGGUUACUCUGUCUGGCACAAUAACAGAAGAACAUCCAUCUCCUCCUCCUCUGUCUCCGGUAGAGUAGCAGUGUAUGUGGACUGUCCUGCUGGCUCUCUGUCCUUCUACUCAGUCUCCUCUGACUCACUGAUCCACCUCCACACCUUCAACACCACAUUCACUCAGCCUCUUUAUCCUGGGUUUGGGUUCUUGUUCAGGUCUCGUGGUUCCUCAGUGUCUCUGUGUCCUCUGUAGGACAGAGAGUCUCCUCCUGUUUCUCACUGCUGAUCAGUUGAGUCUGUACAUGAUCACACUUACAGAAAUAUUUCAGCUUAUUGUUACGAACUAAUAAAUGAACUUUGUAUGAAAUAUUUCAGAAUGAUUGAACAGA